GGCAGCAUGCAAAUGAGGCCAGAGGUCGACACGUGGGAUUCAAGAUGGCUGCCGCGGGAGCCAUUUCGUACUCGCCAAAUGGUAGUUUUUUGGCAGUUUCCAGCCCCGACGGGCGCCUUUCGCUGUGGGACACGACUUCUGCAACUAUUACUCAGCAGUACACGCCAAGUUCGCACCUGUCAGCCACCUGCACUUGCUUGUCCUGGUGCCCAACAAGAACGGAGCCAGCUAAGAAGAAGAGACGAUCACACAAAGUACUUAAGAGAGAAAAUGAUGUCUCAGCUGUCUCGCAUUCAGACCUGGUUGCCUUGGGGACGCAGGCUGGCACCAUCCUAUUGUAUAGUCUUGCUAAAGCGGACAUACACAGACACUUGGACCAGGGCCACACAGAUAAGGUCAACGACAUCUGCUGGCACCCAGACGGCGAGACACUAUUCAGCUGCUCCAAUGAUCAGUACAUCAUAGAGUGGGACGUCAAGCGUAGCCAAGUCAAAUGUAAGUGGAAAGCAGACAGCCAUUCUGUUCAUUCUAUCUGCCUCUGUCCCGGGGCCCGAGCCCUCCUCUCAGCAGGCAGAAUGAUCCAGCUGUGGGAUUUGGACACCAAGAAAGUUUUAAAAAAAUUUACCGGUCACGCAAGCCCGGUAACGAGGUUAAAGGUCGUUCCCAGCUCCGCCCCAGAGUCACCUGACGUAACUAGCAGCUUAGAGUCCGUUGAUGGGCUGUACUUCCUCUCCUGCGCUGAGAGGGAUAGGGUACUUAAUGUAUGGCAAGUACGGUCAUCAUCCAAGAGUAAAGCCUCCAUUGCUUCCCUGGUUGUCCCCGACGAGCCCCUGGAUUUUGACAUUCUGAAUUCUUCCGAAGACCCAAAAACGUACCUCUCUGUUGUCACAAGGGGCGGGGAAGUCCACAUUUUUGAUCCAGUAUUGAAUGGCAAAGCCAAGAACCAGCUUCUGGCAAGAUCACACCUCCUGGUGACCACGGAGGGCGGGAAGGACACGCCCCCUCGGCCCAUUCCCAUCCUGGCUGCUCUCCUGUGCCGGGAACCACAGGUGCCCGUCCUCAUCGCCCACGGCACCAUAUUCAAACUCACAUUUGAGAGAGUGUCAUUCCUAUCAGAAGACAAGAGCAUCUGCUUAAUACGGGAAGAUCCCUCAACUCAAGCCGUCCCCCAAGUGUCUGGAGAAAAGUUGAAGAAACCUAUUGUGACUGGAGCAGAAGCAGUGAAGACACCCAGUACCCUGGCACACAGUGGCUACAGGGCAGCAGCAGCAGCAGGAGGCGAGGCCGCUGUUGAAGGAAGGAAAAGCAAGAGAAAAAGCUCUCAAUCUACAGUAAGCAUUGAGGAGCGGCUGGUCGCCCUCAACGUCGCCGGUGCUCAGGUAGACAUGUCAACCCAGAACCAGAGUGCCAAGACAGGAUCGCUAGUCAUGCUGCUGACGCAGGGACUCCAGAGUGGUGACAAGAACAUGCUCAAUAGCGUGUUUCAGCAGCAAAAGGAGUCAGUCAUCAGGAGAACGGUUCAGAGACUGCCUAUCCCACUCGUAGUGAGUCUCGUACAAGAGCUAGCCUCACGGAUGAACACAACACCACAGAGUGGACUGGUGCUAGCCCAGUGGACCAAGGUGGUGCUGAGGGAGCGGGCGUCCUACCUCAUGACCUGCCCGGAGCUUGUCACCAAACUAGGCCAGGUGUACGAGAUGAUUAACACGAGGACGCACCAAGCCUCGCGGAUGACCAGGCUACACGGCAAACUGGAUCUCAUGCUGGCACAGAUUGCUUCUCAGAAGCAGCGUGAGGAAGAACAGGAAAGGCCCACCAAAGCAAUGCUGGUGUAUGAAGAAGAUUCUUCAGACGAGGGUGACAUUAUGGAGGAACCAUAUCCCAUGCACUCGGAAUCAGAGGGUGAGUGGGAGGAGCUAUCAGAAAUGGAUGCCCAGGAAUCCCAGGCCGUCCAAGAUGAGGAGCCAGGGGGGAACGAGAGUGACAUGUCCGACAUGGAGGAAGAUGAGGUUGAGAAUGAUGAAGAAGAUGAAGAUGACGAUGACGAUGUUGGGGAACCAUCAAGUAGCGACGAUGAGGAUUGAGGAGAUUUUUUCCAUAAUCUAGGAUGAUUACCACCAAUGGACUGAGUCACAUUAACCUGACUGCCACUGUCAUUAUUAGUCUUCUCUUUAAUGACUCAGUCUGUCACUAUAAACGCAAGAAAGGACACCGUCCUGAACCGCUAAAUAUCAUAUUUUUUUCACUUCUUGAAAAUCGUACUGAUUUCAGAACUGCAUUCAUGUGAUGUACAAGUCUUGGCCAUUAGUACAACUGUUUGCUUGCGGUCCUGUGCGUAUUGAUUGUGCCAUGGCAUGCCAGCGAAACCAUGUGAGGCUCAUGCAGAUUGCAUAUUCAUUAAACGCCCUGAAUACAUGCAUACAUUAUGCCAUCUUAAUCGGUUUAGUGGGCACGUGUGGUCUAGCGGUAGAGCACAGGAUUCAUGAUCGUGAGGUUGUGGGUUCGAGCCCCGCCGUGGCAAUGCGUGUUGUGCCCUUG